AUGUCCCCAAACCACGCAAUUCGACCAGGUCACGAUGUCGGCCCUGCCGCGAACGUCAACCCAGUCUCGAGAAUCACCUGGCGGCUCAUCGUGUGUCACCUCGGGGCCUACUACCUUCACGAGGUGUCCCUUCUGUCCACGGACCGUGGCCCCGAUAUCAUGGCGAAACUUCUUGAAGAAUAUAAGCACUCCGAGUCUUGGCUUGCCCAUUUUGUGCCGUUCAUGUUUCCCAUGGUUUAUGCGGCUGCGCUGGCUGCGGUCCCCAUCGAGAACCUCACCACCACCCUGCCCUGUCUCGUUGACGUUGAUGCAUUCAACUACUCUCACGUUUUGACCUCGGCCUUGCGCCAGCGACAAACAAGGACCACUCUUCCGCUCACGCCCUCAUUUAUAACAUCCUAUGGCCACUUCGCAGUCCUCCCGGAAGCUCCCAACAACACUGUCUCUCGUGACGCAAUCUUGAUCAAGCUGGAAUUGAACAACCUCGCACUGCUGGUGUUUUUGACCUUGGCAUUUCUCAUGUCCGUUGCUGCCGGCGUUUCUGCUGGGUUGAUAAGACAGAGUCUUGAUACAGGCUUUGGUGUCUUCGGAGCAGUAGCGGGUGUGGUGGGACUUGUUGAGGGAUAUGCGACUUGGAAGUUGAAGUAG